AUGGCACCCAGCAAUGUGCAAUAUAAAUGCGAUUCCAAGCCCAAAGUCCGCAGAGUUGAACGAGUUCUUUCAGUACUCCCUCCGAAAUGCUCUAAGGAUGACGUACUACGCUCACAAACAUAUCAACAAUUUAUGCGUAAUAUGGAUCACAUAAUAGAAUUACUUGAUGAUACUGAAUCUCCUAACUUUGAAUCAGAUGAUGUUGACGAAAAUAUCGAAUGUAUUUCGUCCAAGAUGUUAAAUGCAAUGAGCAACGAUGUGGCAAAACUUAAAGCAAAAAAUGUUUUGGAUUUAAUUCCAAAAAAUAAAUUAACAUUAUUAAUAAAUUAUGCCAUGCGUAAUGUGUAUUUAGCAAAAAACUAUUCAUGUGGACCAGAUGAUGAUGAUGAAAUUGUAGAUGAAGAAGUAAUGGAAAAGAUAUUAAAUGCAAUUGAGGCUAGCCUUCUUGUGUGUAACAUAUAUUCUACAGUGAGCGAUUUAAAAUUUUUGCAAGAAGAUAACAUCGCCCUAAUAAUAAAAUUUAUACAGUUUCAACUAAGAGAAACUAUAUUUCCAUCAUAUGAUUCAGUAUAUACUGUCAAAAGUGUGAAAAAAAAUGACAAUAGAAAAAAGUCUAAAUAUCAUCACAAUCACAACAGGAACUUGCAACUUUUGUAUUCUAAAGUAGUUGAGUUAAUGAAAGUGUUUGUAAUGCUAUUUGACAAGUGCAUUUUUGUUGAUACCAUUGUCUUACCACUAUCUGCUUUAUCCAUUGAACCCUUUUUCGUCGAUAAUAUAGAAACACUACAAUUUGUUUGUCUGGAGUUAGUUACAACAAUAUUUCGUAAGGAAAACUACGACAAAAUUCGAAGUAGCAUAUUGGGAGAUAUUUUAUCAUCCAUUGACCGUUUACCUUCAUCAAAACGUAAUCUCCGCCCAUUUAAAGUAACAAAUAAUGGAGGUAACAUACAAAUGGUUACGGCUCUAGUUCUUCAACUGAUUCAAUGUGCUACAAUUCUGCCAGAUACACUUUGCUCAAACGAACAACUUGGUGAAUGUGAAAAUAAGGAAUUGCCUCAUAACCCCAAGAAGGAUAACUCUGAUAUAGUAGUACUAAAGAAAUAUGAAGUUGCAAUAAGUAUUGGUGGAAAUUUUCUUACCACUUUUCUCAAUAAAUGCAAAUCUCGUACUAAUGAAACAGACUUCAGACCUUUGUUUGAAAACUUUAUUCACGAUUUGCUAUCAACGGUAAACAAACCAGAAUGGCCAGCAUCUGAACUUUUACUUUCACUUCUCGGUACUAUGUUAGUACGAUAUGUAUCUGAUAAAUCUAUAGAGCAAAGUAUACGUUUAGUGUCUUUAGAUUACUUGGGAAUUGUAGCAUCACGUUUGCGAAAAGACACUGUAGAAUCCCGAUGCAAAGUUAAUAUAAUUGAUUCUAUGAUAAAAUCCAUUAAACAAGAACAGGAAAGAGAAGGCGACCUGCCAGUAAUUAACAACAAUAUUAAAUUAGAUCCCGAGGAGGAAAGAACAGAAUUUCUGCAAAAGAUUCUUUUGGAUUUUUUAGCUGUAAAUGCUCAGGAAGAAAAUUUAAUAUGGGACUACGCACGCCAUUUUUACUUGGUGCAGUGGUAUAGAGAUAUAAUUUAUCAGCGUCGAAAGAUUGCUGAAGGAGACAAACGAUAUGCUUGCCGUAAGAAAAUUACGAAAAAUCGCAAUAAAAAUGCGCAACGGAAAGAUUCUUCGCACGCUGAAAGUGAUUUAGAAAGCGGCGAUGAAAAAAACGCCAACGAAUUUGAUAGCUUCAACUCAUCUGUUGUUGAUCAAGAAUUGAACCUAGAGAUUUUCAAAAGCCUGGAAGAACGAAAGAAAUAUCUUCUUUCAAAAAUAAAACCGUACGCCUCUCCUGCUGAUAUUAGUAACCAUACAACUCAACAUAUCAAGACUUAUAUUGACUAUAAUAAUGCUCAACUUAUAGCACAAUACCUGGGAGCAAAAAGGCCAUUCAGCCAAUCAUUUGAUGGCUACUUAAAAAAAAUUAUAUUAGUUGUAAACGAACCUUCAAUUGCUGUUAGAACUAGAGCAAUGAAGUGCCUAGCUAAUAUUGUGGAAGUGGAUCCAUUUGUUCUGAAACGAAAAGAUAUGCAAGUGGGAGUAAAUCAAAAGUUUUUGGAUGCGGCUAUUUCCGUGCGAGAAGCAGCGGUUGACUUGAUUGGAAAAUUUGUACUCAGCAACGAAGAACUUAUAGAUCAGUAUUACGACAUGUUAUCUACAAGAAUAUUGGAUACAGGUGUAUCCGUCCGAAAGCGUGUUAUUAAGAUUCUUCGCGACAUAUGCAUAGAAUAUCCAGAUUUUAAAAAAAUACCGGAGAUAUGUGUCAAGAUGAUCAGACGUGUUAACGACGAAGAAGGUAUCCAAAAAUUGGUUACGGAAGUUUUUAUGAAAAUGUGGUUUACACCAUGUGCCAAAGGAGAUAAGCACGGUAUUCUUAGAAAAAUCAACCAAAUUAUUGAUGUCGUCAAUACAGCGCACGAUACUGGCACAAGUUGGUUAGAAGGUUUAUUAAAUAGUAUAUUCGAACCCAAAGAAAAUAUGUUGAAGUUGGAUGGCAGUUCUCAAGAUGUAAUAAAAAAAAAUACAGAACCUCCUCCAGAAAUUAUAUUGGCGUGUCAACAAUUAGCGGAUGGUCUUGUGGAUAGACUAAUUGAACUUGAAGAUACAGAUAAUGAACGAAUGCUAGGUUGCAUAACAACGUUACAUUUGCUAGCUAAAGUCCGUCCACAGUUAUUAGUGAGACAUGCUAUGACAAUAGAACCUUAUUUAAAUAUCAAAUGUCAUCCAUCUACGGCUCCUAAAUUUAUAUGUGCUGUUGCUGAUAUACUGGAAAAAGUUGUUCCUUUGGUUAACAACGCUAGCGAAUCUUUUUUGGCAUCAUUGGAGGAACAUUUAAUGUUGCUAGUUGUUUCUUUAAAUCAAGCUGUUGUCUCGAGCUGUGUAUCCUGUCUGGGAGCUGUUGUAAAUAAAAUAACAAAAAAUUUUAAGCUUAUCCGCGACUGCUUUCAAAAGUUUUAUAGAAUAUUGGAUUAUAGCAGGAGCCAAAUUACUCAAAAUAACCAAAUAUUUGAAAAUAUCUAUACACCAAUGUUUCGCCGCAGUUUGUUUACAAUUGGAAUACUGAUGCGUUACUUUGACUUCAAAGCAUCGUAUUUAAUAGGUGAUUGCGGUACUUUAUCAACAUCAAUAUGCGAUGACGUCUUUGACUGUAUUAUGUUCUUUAGUAAAUGCUCUAACUACGAGAUACGAAAACAAUCAUUAAUAGCUUUAGGUUCAUUUUGUGUAAUGAAUGACAAUUACCUGAUAAGACCGGAGCUAAAACAAUUUUACUGUGAUAUUCUUAGUUCAGAUAAAAUAGAAGCAAGUAUAAAAAUUAUAUGUAUGCGGAACAUAUGGAUCUAUCUUACAGAAUCUGAAAUGAACAUGCACAAUAGAGAAAAGGAAUGGGAAAAGCAGUCCCAAAAUGAAGAUCUUAAGGAAAUGAAUGACGUUUCCUCGGGUAUGUCAAGUCGUGUGAUUCAGUUGUACCUGCAAGAAAUACUUGAUUGUUUUCUUAAUCGCGAUGAUACCGUCCGUCUAUGGGCAGUAAAAGUUGUUCAAAUAGUUUUGCGACAAGGUCUAGUACAUCCUGUACGUAUGGUUCCAUAUUUGAUUUGUUUGAGCACCGACUGCAAGCUUGAGUCCGCACAUCGCGCAGAUGCUCUACUUAAGGAAAUUGAUAGAUCCUAUGCUGGUUUUGUAAAUAUGAAAGUACAAUUUGGUUUACAACUUUGUUUUAAGUUACAAGAAGUAUUGCAACACAAUAAUAAAUCGAGAAACUGUGUAAUACGAGGAUAUGUGAAAAGAGAUGCGGAUGUGCUACCUACUGCUUUAAAUGAUUUUUUAUAUACACUUUUACGAUCUACAAAACCACAAAGAAGAGCGUUAGUUCAAACAGUCACUAAACAAUUUGAUGACCAGAAAACAUCACUUCGCCAAAUGCUUUAUAUAGCAGAUAAUUUAGCUUAUUUCCCCUAUGUCGUUCAGGACGAACCACUCUAUUUAAUUCAUCAAAUUGAUUUGCUAAUAUCAAUGGCUGGAACCAAUAUAUUGGCAACAUUUAAAGAAUGUUUAAAGCCUAGCGAAAAGGCCCAAGAUAUCUUAGAAGACGAUGACGACGAAGAAGACCCCGAAGUUCUAUUUAAAAGACUCCCUGAAGAUACACUUGAAAUACAAAGAUGCAUAACAUCCGCCCAAGCAUGUAUGUUACUAUUGAUUCUGAAGGAACACCUGAAAGAUAUGUAUAGCAUAACAGAUAGUAAAAUAGCUCGAUACUCACCUUCAGAGCCAAAAAUGCACGAAAAAGCUGUUACGCGAAAAAACGUUCCAGAUUUUAAUCCAGUUACUACAAUUGAUGUAAUAAAAAGGCAACAUGAACAAAAAACUUCUUCGAAUUCGGAAGAAUUACUCACAUGCCCCCUCAGCAAAGAAGAAAAGAUGGAUAUUGUUCUCAAAUAUUUGGAUUUUAAGCAAUUAAUGCUAAAACUUGAUCCUGAAGACGUAGAAUCAGACGAAGAACUACGAGAAAAAUCGAAAAAUAAUAUGCUUACUAAAUCUGAUUCAUCACCUAUAUCUGCACUUUUCCUGUAA